AGCUCCUCAGCCUGGUUAAAGUCCGUGUGCUGUCUCCAGUUCUUAGUUCUCAACAUGAUGACUCACCUAGUAGCGGUUCUGCUCUGGUGCGCUGCUGCAUUUUCUGGCCUCCUUGCGGCGCCGUCGUUGCCAGUAGUCACCUGUGACAAGGAAAACGUGGGAGUGGUUGCGAGACUCGGUGUCCAGCACAUCAAUGGAAAGCACAAGCACGGAUUCAGGUUUAAGCUCCUGGUGGUCCAGAGCAGCGAUUAUCAACAGAUAUCAGGAGGCUGCCAUAUUGACGUGAACGUGAAGCUGGUGCAGAGCAAAUGUCACUUCACCAACCCCAAACCUGAUGACCAGUGUGAGCUGUGGCGAUUGGAUGAACGGGGAGCCGUGGCCACCUGCAGUAUUGAAUUUUGGGUGAUGUGGGGAAUGCCCAAAGUCACCAGCCACGAAUGUACCACCAGACCAGAACUUACCAAUGAGGAGCUGGUGACAAUUUGUCCCAUUUGCCCCAAGUUGUUACCUCUGGAUGAUCCAACCGCUGUGAAGGCUGUGCAUGAUGCUGUGGUCAAGUUCAACCGGGAGAGCCAGCACCAUAAAUACUUCACCCUGAUGGAAGUGGCUCAUGUGACAAUGGGGUCUGAUGCAAUCAUCGGGCCCAUUACCUCACUCCAGUUUGCACUGGUUGAGACUACAUGUCCCAGAGGUGCCAGGAAUACUUUUGUGCCCUGCACACCUCGUUGUCCAGAGAGAGCUUAUCAUGCCUUUUGCCAAACAUCCUACUACAACUUACACAAACAAGUGGGAAAACUUGACUGUGAAUUUUAUCCACCAAAAAAUCAGGGCCCCCACCCGACUGAUGUUCCAGAGCCUGUGUGCAGGCCUUUGUUCCACCGAAGUCCGGAAGCUUGUAUUUGCAAGGCACGGCUGAACAACCCUGAUCAGGCCAUCCACCACAUUUGUCCCUUCCCGCUUAAGUGAUAUUGCUGCUUGUUAAUUUAAUAAAGUACAUUGCCAUUUGUGUA